CUCAGGAGAAACUCAAGAAAGCCUUGACGAACUUGAAGUAAGCCACAGGGUGAUUGUCGCGUGGUUCAAGGCGCUCUUCGCUCUUCGUAUCCAGCAACUCAAAAGAUAAGCUUUCACGUUUCCGUCGCAUCUUGGCAGGCCCAAUAAAGUUAGUAAAUCAGUAUGCGGUUGGACCAGGCAUCCAGGAACUUGCGCCUGGUGACCGGCACGCCGCAUUCAAGCCACCGCGGCACAACUCCUUAUAGUGUACAUAAGAUGGAGGGGACCGCGCGGGGUCGCCACCCUGUUCAGCGUGGACUUGCUGUCGCGUUGUCACUCCUUCGUCCUGUAUGUUUACAUUUUUGUACGUGUGGAGAACCUUGUUGCAGAUCGGAACGAAGUCGGAACUCAAGAUGAAGCUCCUUGCUGCGCUUGUUGUGCCUUUGGUUGGUGCGCGUGUCGUUCGAUUGGAACAGACACCGCUUGUGCAAGAGCAUACCCAGAGUCUUGCGCCUGGUAUUGGCGUACACUUCACGACUUCAUAUGCAACUGCUGCUGCAAAGUACGAGAAUGGCACAACGGUCGACUUGGUCAGGGUGGAAGCAGACGCAGACUACAUCGAGUUAAUGUCACGAUGGGCAAGAUCUUGGAAAGACUUCGACUGCGAAGGCCCGGUCAAUCGACUCCGAUGCGAACUUGAGCCAAUACGACGCGAAGCGAGGAGGAAGCUAGGAUUGCCUAUCACACGAGAUUCGGGGACACUUAGCAAGUUCGUGAAGAGAGUGCGAAGCGCUAUCGAGGAAGAGCUGGGAACAUCGGUGUCUACAAUCACUCCUGUCGCGCCGCAACUCGUCGGCUGGCUCAACUCAGAUUUCCAGGAUGCAUUGGAUCUUGCUGGAUUGGCUUCUUCAAGACUGGACUCAAACGACAAGCCCACCUACUGGGAUACAAACGCGGCUUUCGCAGGCCUAGGACAUGGUCUUUGCGAGUCUGAGUCAGAUUUUUCAGACUGUCUGAAUGAGGAGCGUCAGAUGCCGUAUGAGCACGUACUGUUCUUGGACUUCGACAACUCUUCCUUCAGUGCGACAGUGCAAUACCUGCAGCACGCGGACCAGGAGUGGUCCUACUCCAACAGGAUUGAUAUGGAGCUUGGAUGGUGGAACCUGCCGGUUUUCGAAGUGUCAAGGGCAAGAUUCUGGGCACAGAUCCAUGAGGUCAUCCUCGAGGUAGCCGGAGCUUUACAGCGGGCGCCGAACAAGAUAGUCUUGCUUGGAGAUCAUGGCGCGAAUGCAGAGUUCCUGGACGUUGUCAAGGCUGCUAUGUGGGAUGUCCUAGAGGUUGAUGUCUCGUUGAUGCUGAGCGCUAAUCAGGCCAAGGACGUGGGCAAGUUGGUGGCACGUGGUGCAGCGGGCUUCACAAGGAGAGCCGAGACCUGGAGAAACUGGAAGAGAACGCAAGAAGAUGUUGAGAGCAUCGAGCUUUGAAGACGACAGACGUCGAUUUCCUAUUUCAUGAUACCCAAACGUAGUCGUAAUGUAGAUAUACAGCGAUGAUGUUACACUAUAGUUCGAUCCUCUCAGUAUGCUUGUACUUUGACGCUAAGAAUGCAAGACGUACAAGAAAGAGAAAGC